ACCAUGGCUCUGUGCGCUCCCAUCAUUACAAUACGAGGGAGGGAGGAGAGAAGCUGUUUACAUAGUGAACCAGACCCCACAUUCAUCCAGCUGCUGCACCGGGACCACAGCUGGCUCAGUCCAACAGUCUCUUCACUGUGUCCGUGACAGAUUUGCGCUUUACGCACAGUCAUGCUUUUGACGCACAGGUGAACUUCUAAUCGCCUCGACGCGCCUUCGAUCACAGCAAGGAAAAGUAACAGCAGACUGAGCAGAUCCACUGCCUCUUCCACUUCUCCUCCUCGCUUUUUCUUUCUCUUCUCACCGGGGGUUGAACAGGUCAUCGGGGCCAUGUCCAGGAAGAAGGCGGUGAAAGGCAAAGGGAGCUCCAAGAGCCCCAAGGCGUCGCCGAGCAGCAGCGGCAGAGACGGCGGGAGGACGGGGAAAGGUCUGGCCGCCGCAGCCGCUCCGUCUUCCGGACUGGUUUACCCCAGCAGACCGUCCAUCAGCAACAGCGGAGAGUUUUACGACAUCGCCUUCAAGGUGAUGUUGGUGGGGGAUUCCGGUGUGGGGAAGACCUGUCUGCUGGUUCGUUUCAAAGAUGGAGCCUUUCUAGCCGGGAGCUUCAUCUCUACUGUGGGCAUCGACUUCAGAAAUAAAGUUAUGAGCAUUGACGCUGUGAAGGUCAAACUGCAGAUAUGGGACACCGCUGGUCAGGAGCGUUUCCGGAGUGUCACACAUGCCUACUACCGCGAUGCUCACGCUCUUCUCCUUCUGUAUGACGUAACUAACAAAUCAUCCUUCGACAACAUCCGGGUAAGAACACUUGCACUCGUCUAAAACAGUUCAAGUAACAAGGUCUCAGGUACAAAUGGUGAUUAGUUCUCUCUGUGUGGUGACCUGACACAGUGAGGAGCUCAGUCAUCAGGG